UGUUGUGCAGCACUGUCGAGGUUCUAGCUGCAGCGUUGGUACAGUGGUGUAAACGCACGGUAGACUGACUGACGACGUAACGUAAUGAAUGGCUUCGUUAUUGCCGGCAAUACCCACUGACUGGCGGCCGUCGUACGACGACAUUUGCUGCAGACGCGUCAGCACUGACGUCAGAGACUCCGGCCGCAGAUGGGGAGCCGACAAACGAGAGUACGGAGGAAUGGGCUUGGCCGCGGAUCAAGUGAUACAACGAGGGGGCGUGGCGAGUAGGAGCCACAGACACUAUGGAUCAGGCAUCCUCAAUCGUUCUGCACAGAUGCAGCCAUAUCAAAUCACAGACCUUCUUCUAAGUGACUCUCGCCCCUGUGACCAACUGCUGCCACCACCUCUCUUGACAAACCAGAUAAAUCAUCACAGGCAGUUGUGUGAAUACCCUGGCAACCACACGUACACGUCGCAUCGAUCCAAGUUUGUGGUGUUCCCACUGGCUGAUCAGUCCACAUCUUCAAAACUCUCCCCUCUCACUCGAGGAACAACUGAAGUUCUACAGCAGAUCCAUCAUCACCAGUUUUGUACCACAACCUACCAACAGACCUACACCAACCCUUGGACCCGCAGACUGGCCGAGCUUCAUUCAAAUCCAACUUCCAGAGCCGAGAUAAGCAGUGGGGUUACAGAUGAGGGAGACAAGAACAAGGGGGAGAGAUUCAAGGAGUGCUGUGAGGUGAAAAACGGGAAAAACGAUCCAAAACUAUGCCUUGAAGAGGGCUCAGAACAGCGCAGCCAAGAUGUCAGCACAGGAGAAAGUUAUCUGGACAUUUGUAAGGUGAAGCCAGGUGGGGUUGUCGAGGCUGGUGAGCGAAAUCAUGAUGACGGCGGAAGUUGGGACAAGGAAGUUGCUGUGAAGAAGAGGGUUCACUGGCAGGACAAGGAGGGAGAGAAUGAGGGAGAGGGAGAAUCUAGCAGGGACGAGUCUCCGGAACAAGCUGAGAGGGGUGAAGAGGAAGUGCAAGAGAAGGAAGUGGAGGCAGAGAGAGGGAGUGAGGGGAUGGAAGACACAUGCCACACAGAGAAAGAGCUGACAACAGGAAAAGAGCUGCUGGACGAGGAAGAGAAAGAAAGGCAGAAAGAGUCUGUUGCUACCAGCCUACCUCAACUGCCCAUACAUUUCCGAAGAGUUUCGUCGAAGUAUUGUCGGAAUCAGCUCUCCCCGAUUUGGCCGUGUUCCAUUCCAUACUACCUCACCCGUCCACAUUCCAUGCUGCAUCAGAGUCCCAUUCCAAGACCAACAGUGAAAUUUGCUGGUGAGGAAUCCAGCUAUAAUUAUAGCCAACACUGGGGUAUAAGAGUUUUAUCUACAUUGUGAAAAAUGCUCAGGAAAAGACACAAGACCAGUUGAAAAAUCUACAACUGAAGUAGAGCAGCUAUUUGAAGAAAAAAACAGCAGUGGUCUCGUGGAUGAUGUCAUUGUUGGUGAUAUCAUAGGGGAGAGUCCCCAACAGCUGCCGUCUCUACUCCCGGGAUCCAGAAUCCCACAGAGACUUGGUGUCAGAUUCAAGGCCCAGGCACACUCCAGGUACCACCAGCUGUACCCUGACAGGAUACCUGAUCUACGGGAUUCGCGAAUCGAGAGCAAGAAAUAUUUCUUCUUUGGCGUUCACUCGUCUGUGUUGAGAUGAUUGCAGCAUAACAAUAAUUAUUUCAUGAUCAUUACACAAUAAGCUCAUGAUACAAUUAACAUGUCUUUGUAGAGGGAAAAGAGAGCAAGUAUAUACAGGGGGUCCUAAAUAGCUACGGUGCAAGUGUUCAAAAACUAUGCAGUGAUCAAGCAACGAAAGUUUUUUCAGUAUCAAAGUUUAAAUCUUUGGUAUCACCACGAGUAUCAACAUACAUGCUAAACAUAUCCAAAUACGAUGGCUUGAGAACCUCUGCUAAAAACAAAAGUGGGUAGAUAACAAUAUUCCCUCGAAUAUUGCUCAAUUCUUUUUUAGCUUCAUUUACGUCAAAAUCUACAAGGCCUGGUAUAGAUACACGAUUUUUUAGAUCGUCAAAAUUCCAUACAUGAUCUGUGGGAGUUAUCCUACCACCAAAGACUCGCUCAAAGGUGAGAGUAUUUGCUAGGGCUACUUCCCCAAAACGUGGAUGAAGUUCUAACGGAUCUUCCACUUUUAAGUUUGUAGACAUAUUAUAACUUUCAUCAUCAAGCAAACCGAGGUGCUCCCUCAUUAGAUGGCAGCGAAGACUGUGGGAGAAUUUUCCAACAGGAAAUGAGUGACCUUUCAUUCUUCCAUCCAUAACUUGGACGUCUUCUAUCAUAACUGCUACUUCGGAAUCCCUACUUCCAAGCAUACUGCGAUCAUUGAUGUUAGCCGAUCCGAUUAUGGUGAUCUUGUCAUCGACAAUCAUUAAUUUACUAUGGACAUAAACAAUUUCUGUGACAGGCGUUUCAUUGAGGGUGUCAUGGGUGCGUAAUCCAUAUACACUGAAAAAGAGCGGUAUAUCUUCCUUGGGGAUAUUUUCUUUUUCUAACCUGCUGUAAAGUGAAUCUUCCCCAUUGUAAAGUGAUAAAUAAUUCCAGUAACUCACUGACCUUAAGUCUUUUCCACUUUUAGUGUCCCAUUCACCGGGAAAUUCUGGUUUUAAUGGCAUGAUGACAUAAAUAUGAAAAUCUUCACCAUUUCGAUAUGCACGGGCAAUCCUUUUAGCCAUUGCAGACAACAACUGGUUCUCUACUUUAAGGAAAACUCCGGAUUGAGACGAAAUAAAAAACUGGUUUUCUAUGUAAAUAGAAUGUUGGGCAUUUUCAAUCGCAUGAAGAUAUGCAUUGUAUAUAGAAGCUUCAUGAUUUUCAUCAGCCGACCAUCUGUCAACUGACCGAAGAACCUGGAUCCUUAGAUUGUUAGCACUAGGGAUCUUGAAUAGUAUAACUAAUAUCAGGAUACCUUUCAUCUUCAUCCAGGUCAUAAUGGUCAUCACGCUUAAUAGAUUUGUAUCGCUGUAUAAAAUGCUUACUCACGUCGCUAACUGGCUGUCCAGUAAAUGAGCAGCCAACGUCAUGCCACGGCAUUCUGGGGACAGUGCUUCUGUCUAUGUAGUCGUCAAUUGGGCGGUCUAGCUCAGUCCUACAACCCCCUUCAAAUGUGUUGCCAUAAUCCUUGCCCACCCAACGACAAAACUUGAUCCCUUCGUUCUCACUUAUAUCACACUGGUUUUUCUCAGCAACAGCACACGGAUGACAGGGAUAGUUAUCAGUUAGUUCGUGAUUAUGUGUGUCCCAACGACCAAAGCAAAGGUCAAUCCCCCCUACAAAUGCAACACUGCGAUCAACUACGACAAUUUUCUCGUGAUGACUCCACAAACUACUGCCUGAUAUUGGAUGACGGAUCAUUGCAUUUACAUCUGGAUGACGAAGAACCGUGAUGUUUUCAUGUGUGAAAAGCACCUGGGCAAACUCACUUCCAAGGUCCAUUCCGGCUAAUUUUUUUGAUUCCCAGUACAAAAGUAUAUAGAUUUUCUCAGCAGCAUCUUGUCCAGUCGCCAGCGCGAGCUGUCCA